CAGGCACAGAGUUGGAAGCCCUUUUUUCCCAGCUGGGCACUUUCCAGCGGGCCAAGGUGAAAGUCCUUCUUCGGGGGUGGCGACGUAGCCCAACCUUGCAGCCGAUCUGCGGGUGGAACGAGACCUAGAGGGGGAAAAAAAGGAACGAGUCAAACAUCAAAUCCCCUCCCAUGCAGGACUUCAGUUGGGUUGGGACCUCAGGUAUAUCCAUCCGGGCGCCAGCCGCAGCACCACAGAAAGAGGGGACAGCUGGGGAGAAGAGCCGCCAGACCGGGCCCGACGAAACACGCACGCGCGGAUCGACCGGACAGUGGGCCGUGGGCCUGACGUGACCGGAUCGGGGCUUUGAGCUCCCUGCCGUUACUGGCUGCUUUGUUGUUUUAUUGCUGUUAUUGCCCUUGUUAGCUAGCUUAUUUGCUGGGGUAGCACCCACGAUCAACAACAGCUGAGUCGGGUCGACGUCGGCCUCCUUUUUAUCGACUGAUGCCCGCACCCGUGUCUGCCUGCAGCCACCGACCACCACCAUCCACCAACACCACCACCACCGUCCCUCCCCCAGUCCGAGUUGUCCAACGACGCACCGCAGGACAGCAAACCCCCUGACCGACUGGCUGGAUGCAGACGCCGCCCACGUACCGAUCCGCUCCCGCACACCGCUGCUUUACCUGCCAUAACCACGGCCGCCACCCUGCUGGAUGCCUUACAUUGCUCUCCAUGGCCAUAACCGCUCGUCACCCACGAUCUGAUUGCCCCUUUCGACCCAGUACCUCGAUCCCACGCCGUCCGUCCUUGGCAACCACCUCGUCGCGCCCGUGAUUUUGCCCUUUCAUUCGCCAGCCCGCCUGUGCCCGUGGGAACAAAGCUCCCGUUCUGACUUGUCGCCGUCGCUCCAGGGGCUGCGCGGUUCCUCUGCCGCGCCGAAGCACCACUCACGGAGCCGCCACGGGCUCGCCACCGCCCCUGUCGUCUCCCCACUCCCCCAUCUCCGUUCUGAUCUACUGGUCUCUCGGGUGGCCAACCGAGCCAUUCACAACAUGGUUUACUGCGGCAAGGCAUCACAGGGCUGCCAGAACUGCCGUACCAGGAGAAUCAAGUGCGACAAGCUCAAGCCCGAAUGCUCCCAAUGCGUCCGUGUGGGGAAGAAGUGCCCGGGCUACCGGGACCAGCUGUCGCUCAUGUUCCGGGAUGAGAGCAGCAAGGUCAUGCAGAAGGCGCACGCCCAGUGGGGUGUCGAGGCUGCCGAGUCCUCCGGGUUUUCUUCCUCCUCGGACUCGCCGUCGCCGCCAUCGUCCAACAGCUCCGUCGCCCUGUCGCCCGUGUCGGCGAGGAGUCAACCGAGCCCGCCGGCGAGGUCGGCACGAGCGGCUGCUGCGGCGGCGAGGAGAACGACCUCGCCCGUCGGCGCCGCGCCCUCACCCACCGCUCAUCACCUGGAGCCCAGCUGGCAAGACAAGGGCAUCAAAUUCUUCGUCGAUCACUUCGUCAUCGGCCUCCCCGACGAGGCUGUCGAUGCCCAAUCUCUCAGCCACGAGAACUGGGUUUUCGACAGAAGCAUGCAGAACACCAUGGCAGCUGUCGGCCUGGCUGGCAUGGGGAACCUCCGAAACGACAAACAGCUCAUGAGCAACGCCCACUCCAUGUAUGGAGCCGCCCUGCGCGACACGGGAAGGGCUCUCGCUGGAGGCAAUGGCGUGUCGUAUAAUUUCAUGAUACGGAGUGUGCUUAUGUUGGCCAUGUUCGAUAUUGUAAAUGGCACCGACCCGAGGGCAAGCUCGGGAGCCCAAACACAUAUAACCGGGGCUGCGUCGUUAUUACGAAGCUUCAUCCCUAUACAGAGUACAGGCACCAGGGGGACAAUGGGCCUGCUGCAGUUAUGCUUAUCGCUGUUGUUGGCCUGUGUGGUCGACUGUACUUCUUUACCGGGCCCCUUUUCCGACUGGGUGACGGUGUCGUGCAGGACGGUACCGGACGAGGAGUGGCCCGCGACAGAGCUUGUCCUCAUGAUGGUGCGGUUAGUAAACCUCACCUCGGGCCUUCGCAUGAGCGGGGUUGCCGACGGCGACGAGGCAGCGGCGGUGCUGGAGCAGCUCCUGUCGCUCGAGGACCAGAUGGCGUCGUGGGAGGCACGCAUCGGGGGCAAGUGGGCCUUUUCGACGCUCCACGGCGACUUCCCGCCGCAGGCCUGUUUCCAGGGCCAGUACCACGUCUACACGGACAACUGGACGGCGCGCGUGUGGAACUUUUACCGCUGGGCCCGGCUGAUGGUGUGCUCGGCGCUGCUGGACCUGCUGGCUGGCAUGCCACCGGGGGCGACGGCCGCGCACCGGGCCGCGCGCGAGCCGGCGCUGCGGGCCAUGUCGCUGCGGCUCGCGCGGGACACGCUCGUCAGCGUGCCGACGCACUGGAGGCACCCGAGCAUGGACGCGGCCCAGCGCGCGCGCGUGCGCUGCGCCGGUGGCGCCGGCACGGGCGCCGUCGGCGUCCCCGGCCUGCUCUUCCACGUCGACGUGGCCGCCUCGGCCCGCGGCGUGCCCCGCGAGUGGGCCGACUGGGCCCUCGGCCUGCUCGACUCGGUCUGGGCCGACAUGGGCAUGGUGCACGCCCGCAGGAUCUCGGACGGCCUGCGCGACCGCCUCGACCGCCGCGCGGACGGCCGCCCCGGCGCCAGGCCGCCGCCCGCCGGGGUCAAGAUUGUGGUGAGGCCCCUGGUCAAGAUCGAGUCCGAGGGGUGAAGGAAGGGAAUUGGGUGGGGGGUUGAUCAAAGAACUGAGGUUGUUGUGCGGGGGUGUUCUCUUGUUUUCUUCUACCAUCUAUUCACUUUGUAUUAUAAGCAGCAUGGGAAGGAUAUGUUGCAUUUUUGUCUUUGGUCAAAUCUAUUGAACACUUCGAGGCUUGUAGAGAUAGUUUAAAAUGCCAAGGCCGGCAGGGUGUGUUUAUAGCAAUAGGGAGGAUCGAAACGAACGGAGAUUUUAGCUUUUCCCCG